CGAGCCAGCAGCUUCCGCCGUUCAUAUCGCUGGAGCCCGAACCUGCGCGUGUGAGAGAAAGAGAGAGUGUCCGACGCCGUUCAGAAUGUCUAAGACAAAGGAGAUCAUUUCUACAACCUCAGACAGUGACUCUGAUAGCGAAGUCGAUCAAAAGGUGAAGAGAAAGAAGACGGCAGUACAAGAAAAAUCAGCAAAAAGGCACAAGAGUGGGGAGAGCUCCAAGGGCGCAGCACCUGCCAAAAGCGAUAAAGAGGACAAUCUUUUUCAGAUUGGGAAGAUGAGAUACGUCAGCGUGCGAGAAUUCAAAAGCAGAGUUCUCAUUGAUAUUCGAGAAUACUGGAUGAACCAAGAUGGUGAGAUGAAGCCUGGGAAGAAAGGGAUUUCUUUAUCACCUGACCAGUGGAACCAACUGAAAGAAAUGAUUCCUGACAUCGAUGACGCAAUAAAAAGGUUCUAGGAGGUCCCUCUAAAGACGUGCCCUGCAGUUUCUCAUUUAUCCUGCUGUCUUUUACAUUGACCUGAGUUUUCUAAAAGGAGGGGAAAAAAAUUAAGCUUGUUUGUAUUGUAAUGUUUAUAGCGUGACUGUUUAUGUAUAUACAGUACAUCCCAACUUUUGUAUUUUUGAAAGACUAAAGGUCACACCGUUUGGAAACGUGCUAUCACGGGAUUUGUUUAUAGUGUUAAAUUCAGUUUGUUUCCUAAUCUGAUAUUGAGUGGCUACCAAAAUAUCAUGUCUGUACACUACAGCAUAUACUGUCUUGAACUGGCAGAUAGACACUUUCCAGAAAAAAAUUACAAUUUACAUUAAGCUAGUUUUUUUUACAACUUAAAUAUCAAGAAUUUUAUUUACAUACAGGAUCCAGUCAAUUAAACCUGCGUUUUUUUUUGUUUGACAUUAUUUUUUUCCCAGCACCUCGGUGGUAAUUCAAUUAUAAAACUUGUUUUUGUGUGCACGUGCUUGUGUGUGUGGUUUGCUUAAAUUUGUUUUAGUAAAUGAAGGAAAGUUAAAA